GUUAAAACUUAAUGUUUUUUAAUAGUUUGAAAUUUGCAUGAAACAUACUGUUAAGUAUUAUAUUGAGUUAAUAAAGUAGUCGACUUUAAAUAACGUUUAAAAUGUCUGGUGAAGAUUGUGAAGCACUAGAUAAAGGUGACAAUGAUAGCCAAAAACCAGAUAAGAUGUUUACUCUUAAGAAAUGGAAUGCUGUAGCUAUGUGGAGUUGGGAUGUCGAGUGUGAUACUUGUGCUAUAUGCAGAGUCCAGGUUAUGGAUGCCUGCCUGAGGUGUCAGGGUGAAAGUAAGAAGGACUCGUAUGGUAAACAAGACUGUGUCGUUGUAUGGGGAGAGUGCAACCAUAGCUUCCACUUUUGCUGUAUGUCGUUGUGGGUGAAACAAAAUAACCGUUGCCCGCUUUGCCAGCAAGAGUGGUCCAUUCAGAGAAUGGGCAAGUAAUAAGGCCGUGUGGCAUGCAUUUGUUUUGUAAGAAAAAUUAAAAAUAAAUUGAAAUACUACUAAA